AUGGCUGCAAGAACCAUCGUCAUCGACCACGGGUCUGGCUUUCUGAAGGCUGGCUUUUCGGGGUUCAAUGAGCCCCAGAUGGUCUUCCCGAGCAUCGUGAACUACAUCCCUUGCAGGGAGAACCCUGGCCCCAGCUAUGCCCGGCGGCGCGUGAGUCUAGGCAUCGAUAUUUGCCAUCCCGAAACCUUUAGCUACCCCGUCCACCGUGGCCGUGUCCUCAACUGGGAGGGUGUGGAGCACAUCUGGUCAUUUGUCCUAGAGAAACACAGGCUGGAGAAUGAGGACUCGCCCGUGAUGGUCACAGAGUUCCCCCUGAGGGAGCCUGCGGACCGUCAGAAGACCCUGGAGAUUAUGUUUGAGUUACUGAAUGUCCCGUCCAUCCUCCUGGCUGACCAGCUGGAGAUGUCCCUGUAUGCCUCUGGCCUCCUGACCGGCGUGGUGGUAGAUUCAGGCUAUGGCCUGACCCGCGUGCAGCCUUUCCAUCUGGGCUGCCCCUUACGGUCCAGUGCUAAGAUGCUGGAGUUUGCAGGCCAGGAUCUGUCGGCCUAUCUCUUCAAGAGCCUCUUUAAGGAAGAUGACAAUCGACACAACCUGUUUCAGGUGGAUACAGUGGCCGCCACUCAGUUGACCAAGUGCUACGUGCCACAGAAUCUGGGGGAGGCACUGGACUUUUGUCAGAGCCUGCCGAGAGGCUCCGAUGAGCAUAACUCCUAUCAGCUCCCGGAUGGCACCCCUGUGGAGCUGACCCCCAUGCAGCGGCUGGCUCCCGAGAUGUUCUUCAGCCCCGAGGUGUUCGACCUGCAAAGGCCCAGCAUCUCCCAGGCCGUCCUGGAUUCCAUCGAGACCUGCGAGGCCUCCAUGCACCCACUGCUCGUCUCCCACCUGAUGGCCUGCGGGGGCAACACCCUCUAUCCUGGCUUCACCAAUCGUCUGUACAAGCUGAUCGCUGAUCAUUUCUCCUCCACCAAGGCCACCAUGUGGGUGGGUUCCAACAGGAACUUUAGUGUCUGGCUAGGAGCGUCUGUAGUGGCUCAUCUGUCGACUUACAAGUCUAAGUGGAUGACCAAAGAGGAGUAUGAUGAGAGUUUCAAGCUGUGA